AUGGUCAUCCGAAAUACCGAGACGUCUAUCCUCCUGCCAACAUGGCUCCAGAUGCAUCAACCAGACUCGAUCUCAACAUGGCUGUCAGAAAAUACACCGGCCAAAGCGUCCCUCGGCACGCCCUUGUGCCACCUCGUCGACAAGUUCAAGCCUGACUUUGCAUUCAAGGACCGACAUCGUUACCACCUCGUCAGGACGGCUGCCGGGACCGUGGCCUUGCAUCGCCACGACGAUCUCAUUGGAUGCGUCCGCACUGCGAGUUUCAAAUCGAGUCAGCCAGCUUCUUCCCGGUUUCUUUGGAAGAACGAAGUCGAUAUAGUAGCAGUUAGACACUGGCUUACGACAUGCAUCACAAACCACUUCAACUGCCGUCUCCAAGGGAGCCGUGACCUUCCCCGGAGCAUGAAGGUCAUAGAUUGCAUGGACGCUCGUGUUGUCCCCUGGAAGCCAGGAAUGAAGUUCGCGGCACUGAGUUAUACGUGGGGCUCUGACACCGGCCCGACCCUGGCAGAGGGAGAGACGCUGCCGGCAGCCCUGCCACGGACGGUAGAUGAUGCCAUCCAACUGAUCAAAAGACUCGGGCUCCCCGAUCUUCGAUAUCUUUGGGCCGACCGGUAUUGCAUCGACCAGCAUCGCCUUGACGAGAAGCACGACCAAAUCCAGCAAAUGCACAAAAUCUUCUCGAACGCAGACCUCACCAUCAUAGCAGCCCAUGGAGACAACGUGGACUCGGGACUGCCGGGGAUUGGAGCUACGCCGAGGGCGCCGCAGUCGUUCAUUGCCACUGCCGAUGGGGCCCUGGUUUUCGUCGAAGCCAACAUGAAGUCCAUCACUCAAUCGCCGUGGAUGACGCGAGGCUGGACUUUCCAAGAAGCUUGCUUCUCUCGGAGGCGUCUUUUCUUCACGUCAGAACAGGUCGUGUUCGAAUGUGCAGACAUGACGGCGCAGGAAGUGCUGCGAAUACCGCUCAGGCACGGCGCUGGGUGCACGUUGAAACCGCUUUUCGGCGUGCACCUGUCGAACGUCAUGGGAGAGCAGAGGAGACCUUUCCCGUACUAUGUUGAAGAGUACUCUCGACGGGUCCUUAGGUACGACUCGGAUGCGCUCAACGCUUUCAGUGGGAUUCUCCAUGCGUUGGAGCAGUGCGAACCGCGACUGCACCAUCUCUGGGCCAUCCAGAUCAACAAUGGCCGCUGCAUGUCUCUUUUGUGGGAUAUGCAGCAUGACUUCGACAUGUCGCAACGCCGUUGGGAUUACCCUUCGUGGUCCUGGCUCGGCUGGAAAGGGCCAGUGACUUUCUCGAGACUGAAAGUCGACACGGCUCCCGACGUAGCAAUAUGGGUCGAGCGCUUGGAUGGCAUUUUGCGCCCGAUCGCCUCCAUUUCCGACGCAGAACACGUCACGCAAAACCCCGGUGAAUAUUCUCGAUACAUUCACAUCGAGGCUUGCGCUUUCGACGUCAAGGUGUGCCUCCUUGGAGACGUGGUCGCGCUUGAGCGGGAAACCUCGGACGGCACCAGCAGCAGGGCGGUCAUUCAGAGAGGCAACAGCUCCCUUCUAAAGAGCCAGCUGGUCGGCGAGUCUCUGCAAGCAAUCCUGCUCAAUCGCCAUGAGCUCUCGGACGGAAUCAGGAAUGUCGCGACGCUUCUGCUAGUCAAGCAGAACAAGAAUGGCACGGCGAGUUCCCGGGUCGGGGUGUGCGAAGUCAAGUGGUAUCCUUUUGGGUAUUUUGCUGAAAAGUCGGGGCGAGUGAAGAUGACGCGGCUGGGGUGA